CAGCAGCAGCGAGAGCGCGGUCUGGGAGCUGGAGUCACACCGAGAUCUCAUCGCAUUGCAUCGCAAGGUUGUGAGUCCCGGACACGGUGGACAAUUCGUGCACCUGAUCUUCGGGAUGGCAUUCCCAGUGGAUUUACUUGCUGAGCUGGAGCAUGAAGAUAUUGAGCAUUCUGCAGAGGAAUACAUGUCUAGUCUGCUGUACGGUGACCCUGACAAGCUGGAAUAUUUCACACUACCCAACAGAAGGAAGAUUCCAGUUAGUCUGUCCUCUAUUGCUUUUGUUCCACUCUAUGGUGGUGAUACGAUGUAUAAAAUUCUGGCCUUGUUUGCUCCAGAAAGUCAAUUCACAGCUGUGGCACUGUACCUAGUGGAUAGGUGGUGGGCAAUUGACGAUGUCAUCAAAACCUCUGAGUCCUCCCGUCAGGGCCUUCAGCAGGUAACUUCACUCGGGGAGCGAAUUGUUCUGUAUGUUUUGAAUCGCAUCAUUUACAGAGCCCAGGAAAUGAAUGUUGAUGAGCUCCCUUUCCUUUGCCAUGGUGCCAAUGAGUAUGCUAAAAUUCUCUGGAAGUCUGGAAAAGCAAUUGGCUUCUACUCCAUCAAGCCCACAGGGAGCAAGUGUCAUUCCUUCCUGACUCAGUGCUAUCAGCUGCCGAUCCUGGACACUAUCUUUGUGAGGAAGAAGCAUCGUGGAAAGGGAUAUGGUCUGCAGAUGCUGGAAGAUUUUGUUGACUGUUUCACAGAGGAUGCACUGGGUUUGAGAUAUCCACUCUCUCCAUCUAUGUACAGAGUCUGCCAGAAGUACUUGAACAAUUAUCCUGAUGAUCAUGACCUUCUCUGGGAGGUUGAAGGUGUUGGACACCUGUUCCAGCGAGCUCGAAUUGCAGACAGACUACUGGCACAGAUAUCGCCUGUAAAAGGUAUGGAUAUCUCCCAGGAUGAUGAACGUGGAACUGCAGGAGGAGAGUCUUCAUCUCUGGUCCUAGCGGAGACUGAAAGUGGAAAGCAACUGUUUGGCCAAGUGAAUAAGCAGCUGAAUCUCACAGAACUGUCUACUGAGUCACUUGCUAACCAAGAAUUGCCAGGUGUUUCUUCAAUCCUUUCAGAAGAACUAACAAGGCCACCUGUCGCUAAACGGGGAAGAAGUAUCCAAUCCAAACAUCCCAAAGCAGAGAAGAGGCACACUGAGUUGGAACAAAAGUGUUUAACUCAUGAAGAGGUGAUUAUGCCUAAACAUCAGCUAAACAGUUCUGAAGCCACAUCAGAUGGAACUGGAGAGGCUCUGCAAACAACUGGAAACCAGGAACCGUGCACCAUUUCAGAGAGCCCUACAGAAGUAACUGCAAGUGAUGUUGUGUUAUGUCAUAUUGAAGUUCUGGAACCAGAUGGUGAUGAGGAUAAGGAAUCUUCAUCUGAGACUGUUCCUGAACCAGUAAAUUAUGAAAUGACAGACUCUGUUAAUCAAGAGUCAUCAAAGGCAGAAGAAGCGAUUCUUUCAAAGUCUUCAAAUUCUGAGGGGACUCAUUUGGAGUCACCAGAGACUGAAGAGGGGAUUCCUCCCAAGUCAUCAGAUUCUGAGGAGGAAUUGCCUCAGCAGACAACAGAGACUGAGCAAGGAAUUUCUUGGGAGUCACCAAACUCUGAGGAAGUUGUUCCACAUGAAUCUUCAGAGACACAGGAAAGGAUUGAUCAGGAACCAUCAAAGACUGAAGAUGAGGUUACUCUAGACUCAAAGCUAGAGAAAGAAAUUGCUCAAGAUCCAAUCAGGGAUAAAGAAGAAAUCACUGAGGAUUCAACGAAAGAGGGUGAGGAAGCCACAGUGAAUGAAUCUGCUAACGGGGCACCAGAGGAUUUGUCAGAAAAUGAGCCUGAAGAGCCUACAGCUGCAGAAGAAUUGAAGGAAUGCAGUGAAGAUAACAGAUUGGAAAAGGCAGGAGAUGUCCCUGUGCACAAUGACAGUGAAGAACCUGAACCAGUGCGGGGUCGAACAGUUAACUGCAGCCCUUCCAACCACAAUGUAACUGAUAAUAAUAAAGUUGCAUUAUCUGAAAGCACAGAACAGCCUGAUGCUGAAGCUAAUGAGAAGCCACCUGAUAAUGGUCAUGAAUCUGUUCAUGAGGAAGUUACUCAACGUAGUGGUACGGAGAGUGAAGCCACUUCUGGUUUUACAAAGACUGCAUCAGCACAGCAGGAAGGUGAACCAGUGGAAUCCAAUGCCCCGAUAGAUCUCAGUCUUGGUCCUUUACUUGUGAUUGAACUUGAAGAUGUCUCACUGAAGCAGGCAGUGCCUAUCCAUCCACCAGCAGAUGAAACAAAAGAAAUUGAUCUGAAAGAUCAGUCAUCACCAGCUGUGGCUGAGAAGGGUGUUGACAGUAGCUCAGAAGACAUGGAAAUGGAAGUACCGGUUGUGGAUAGGAGAAAUCUGAGGAGGAAAGUCAAGGGAAACAAAGGACCUCCCAAGAAACGAAGCAAGGUCCGCCACUAUCGUACAUCCACCAGAACACGAUGAAGGGAAUACAUUUAUCAUCACUGACAAUCUUUAAUACAUUUUCUUUUACUAAGGUGAGAAGGUAGUUGCUGGAAAAAGCCAUAUUAAAGUUUCUACUAAUGAUGAAAUAACAUUUAUAUAGCACCUUUUGAAUGUUGUAAAACAUUUCAAGGUGCUUUGUAGGAGCAUUAACAAAAUUUGACACUGAGCACAUAAGGAGAUUAGGGUAGAUAAGGACAGAAGGUUGAAGGAGCAUCUGAAAGGAGGUCAAGAGAAUGCUUAAGGGUAAUAGCUCAGCUAAAAUUGAUGGAGGAGCAAUUUAAAAUUUGAGGUACUCAAAAGGGAAAUUUAGUGAAAAAUGCAGGCAGUUUCCAAUAGAAUAAUGGAAAAAAGUGAAUAGACUUAACAUUGCAUCAGAAACAAGUCAUACAGACCCAGAAUAAAUCUAUUUGACAAGCUUUCAUUGUUUACACACAUUUUAAACUGGCUAAAAACUUUUCAUGCAGUAACUUUUAAAAUUAAAUUUCCUAAAAUUGGCUCCUGUGUGUCAAACUAAAUUCUGGAUUGUUUUUUUCAGCUUUUAGUCUGCACGUUACUACUACAUUUCUAGUAGUUUCAGCAUGAGUUUAAAUAGGAAGGAAAAAUAAGAUCUUUAUUAGUCACAUGUACAUCAAACCACACAGUGAAAUACAUCUUUUUGCUUUGCGUUCUGGGGCAGCCCGCAAGUUGGAGACCUCCGCAGCUUGUUUUAAUUCCAGAUUAUGGCCAAAGCAAGAACUCCUUUUUAAAAAAAAAUCAACACUACCAUAUCCAAGUGUCCUUCAUUUCUCAUAAGGUUAAAGCUGUCAAAAUAAAAUCAGAUGUUAUCUUACCUGUUUUCACAGUAGGUAUCCUGCACGUAAGAAUCUCUCCUGAUCCGUAUCUCUUAAUGCUCCUUUUACAAUCAGAUACCACCAGGGUAAGUGGCUUGGGUGGAAGGAGCAUUAUAGUUAUAGAUCAUCCAUGGGAAAGAAAACAGCACCAUGCUUUUUUUUUGUGGUUUUUUUUGUUCUAUAUUAUUCCUGCCCUUGUCUGCAAGAGCACUGAACAACACUCCUCACCAACCCAUUUCUUCACUCCCCUCCCCCUGCCGCCCCCCAAAAAAAUCUCCAAAUGCUUGUGAAAUUAGCUGCAAAAUGCUAAACACAAGCUUCCCAAGCUGUAUCUUUCCUACAAGAAUACAAAAUUGUCCAUAAAGCCACAAGACCAUUUUGCAUCUCCAAAGGUAGAAUACAUUAGCAUGCCAAUAUACCAUACCAAAUCUAUGCGUAUUGCUAUCCUGGUCCUCUUAGUACAACGUACCCUAAAUUUAAAAUCACAAAAUGAAAUCAGCUUUGAUUUAUUGCCUGAAACCCGUGCUUUUAUAUAAAUUCUGCUCACUAUUUGCCACUGGAGGUGAACAUUAGGCAAAUCAAUUUUUUUGAUCACAAUCCUAAUAAUCCAAAAAUUAUUCUUAUACAAAGAAUGAUCUACACAGUCCUGUAUCACUUUAUUGUAUGAUAAAUUACAAUAUGCCUAAGGGGUUAUGUAAUCAAGUCUGAAAAGGUCUAUAGGGAAGAUUAUUUAUAAUCAAACAUUUAUCCUGUUAUUCACAAUAAGCUUUCUAACCAAGCAGAUUCUCAUUCAUUGCUAACUACGCAACUUGAUUAUUCAAACCAAUACUUUGCAAUAGCACUAAUUUGCUGUCCACAUGUUGAAUUAAUAAAAUCUGAAAAUUUGCUUUGCAGAUGUGUGAUUUAUGAUAAAAUCAAAGUAAAUGUUCAAAUUAAUAAAGUUUUGUAUGGUGAAUUAUGUCUUCAUUCUAAUUGUUUAUUAUUAGCUCUCUGAAUAUUGAAAGAGGUAACUGAUGUAACAGUUUAGAAAUAUUUUUGCAAUCCAUAUUCAGUAUUAAGAAUCUAAUGUUUUGGAGCAGAAUCAUGCCAAUAUGUUGUACCAAACCUAUGCACGUCACUAUCCUGGUCCUCUCAGUACAACAUACCCCAAAUUUAAAAUCACACAACAAAAUCAGCUUUAAUUUAUUCCCUGAAACCAGUGCUUUUAUACAAAUCCUAUUACUAUUGAACGAAUACUAUUGAACUAGCCAUAACAUUGGUAUACAUUCAUUUUCAAACCAACAGGUGAAUUAACAAUGGUGUUUCGAGUGGAAUCAAAACACUGAUAAUUGUCAUCCUGCAUCCUUUCAUAACACAGAAUGUCAAAGGCAAAGCUGCUGCUUGUUUAAUACACCAAUAAUUUGACUGCAAAAGAAAGUGAUUGGGAAAAUUAACUUCAUUUUGCCAUCAUUCAACAUAAAUGGAUUAAAGCAGACUCCUCUCUCAAAUGCAGUCUAUGAUUAGGCAAAAUAGACCUAACCCAUUAAAAUAUCACUCACUGACACUGUAUACACCUGAAUUAGCCAAAUAAGAGCUUGACAUAAGCAGCAAAAACAAUGUCCCCUUUGAUUCAGUUAUCUCAAGUCAGAAGAAUGAGGAUACAAGUAGACUGUUAUUCUAGUGCAAUAUGCAUAAGGGGUUAUGUAUAUAUUGUCACUUGGAUAAGACUUUAAAUCAAAUGACUCCCUCAGGUGAUUAGAGAAGUUUCUCUGUACACAGUUGCUGUAUUUACUAGAAGUGACUACAUUUAAAGUAUUUUGACUCAAACCUCUGGAAAUUUAAGAUUGUGAAAGGCACUAUAUAAAUUCAAGCCUGUCCUUUACAAAUUAUCAUACUGCUAUGAUUUCAUCACAGACAUAUGGUUCUGCAAUAGCUACUUUUCUUUAUAUUAUCUGCUAUUCAACUUAAACUAAUUUCAAGUACUUACUUUGAAAGCUAUAGUUAAAAUAGCUUAAUUUAGAUCCAAAGGAAAUGCAAAUACAAUCAAAUACUGUAGCCUCUAAUAUACCAAAAGAGCUUGUAGCAAAUAAAGUGCUUUAGAAAUUGCAUCACAUUGGAAAACAUCCCAGAAAUUACUUGCCAUUCUGUUUUUAAAUAGUGAUAUGCUGUUCAUGGUGAUUCUUAAUCAAGACAGUACAAACUCCUUGUAGUUUUUAAAUAAAGCCAUGGGAAAAGGCAAUU